CGGGGCGGUGGGCUCGGCUGGACCCGGCCUGGCGAUGGCGGUGCCGGCGGAGGCGGUGCCGGGCCGGCAGCGGGCCUUGGCCGCCGGCUCGCCCGUGGACUACAUGAGCAUCACCAGCUUCCCGCGGCUGCCCGAGGAGGAGCCGGGCGGCGCGGCGGAGAGCGGCCUCCGCGCCCGCAAGGAGGAGGACGCGUUCCUGGGCGAGCAGGACACGGACCCAGACUCCUUUCUCAAGUCUGCGCGUCUCCAGCGCCUGCCCUCAUCCUCCUCGGAGAUGGGAAGCCAGGACGUGUCCCCUCUUCAGGAGACCAGCAAGGACCCUUUCUCUGGAGACUGCAGCUGCCGGCAGGAUGGGCUGACUGUCAUCAUCACCGCCUGCCUGACCUUCGCCACAGGUGUCACGGUGGCCCUCAUCAUGCAGAUCUAUUUUGGGGACCCUCAGCUCUUCCACCGCGGCGCGGUGGUGACGGACGCUGCGCCCUGCACGGCGCUGGGCACGGCGGUGCUGGCCAGGCAGGGCUCCUCGGUGGACGCGGCCAUCGCCUCGGCCCUCUGCGCAGGCAUCGUCAACCCCCACACCUCGGGGCUCGGAGGGGGUGGGGUGAUGCUGGUCCACGACAUCCGGAAGAACAGGAGCUGGGUGAUUGACUUCCGUGAGGUGGCUCCCCUGGGCAUCCCUUUGGAAGGGGACCUGCAGCAGGACACCAAGCCAGGUCUGCUCGUGGGGGUGCCAGGCAUGAUACAAGGGAUGCACCAGGCACAUCAGUUACAUGGCAGACUCCCGUGGUCUGAGCUGCUGGACCUCGCAGCUGGCGUCGCCCAGAAUGGCUUUAAUGUCACACACGAUCUGGCCAAAGCCCUGAGUGAACUGAAGGACCUGAACUACUCUAACCGAUUCCGGGAGCUGUUCCUGCCGGAUGGGCAGCCCCUCCUGCCUGGCAUGUUUGUUCGGCGCCUGGAUCUCGCGGCCGUCCUGGAGCUGGUGGGGGCAGAAGGGGUGUCAGCCUUCUACAGCGGAAACUUGACCCAGGAGAUGAUCUCUGAGGUCCACAACUAUGGUGGAGUCCUGGUGGAGGAAGACUUCAGCAAUUACAGUGUCACAGUGGAGGAUCCCAUCCACACAGUCUAUCGAGGUCACCUUGUUUUCAGCCCCCCACCUCCACAUGCAGGUCCUGCACUGAUCACAGCACUGAACAUCCUUGAGGGCUUUAACAUCACAAGUAGAGGAUCCAGGGGGAAUAACUUGCACUGGAUAGCAGAGACAUUAAAAAUAGCCCUGAGUCUAGCGAGCAACCUGGGAGACCCAUCUGGUGACAUGUCCAUCGCUCACACAGCAGAAGGGAUGGUGAGUAAAUCAGAAGCUAAUUCCCUCCGCCAGCUGAUUAAUGACUCCCAGUCCUUCCCAUCUGAUCUCCGCAUCCCUCACUUCUCCGUGGAGAGCGGCCCCGCUGCCAGCCAGGUCCUUGUCAUGGGACCCGAUGACUUCAUCGUCGCAGUUGUGAGUUCUUUGAAUCGUCCCUUUGGCAGUGGAAUCAUAACACCCUCUGGAAUCCUUCUCAACAGCCAGAUGUUGGACUUCUCUUGGCAAAAUAAAACAAUGAACCACUCCAUUUCCAGGCCGCAAAAUCUCGUUCGGCCUCAGAAACGGCCCCUGUCCUUCCUGCUGCCCACCAUUGUGAGGCCUUCUGAGGGCAUGUGUGGGACGUACCUGUGUCUGGGGGCCAACAACGGGGACAGAGCCUUGAGCAGCAUCGUCCAGGUUUUGGUAAAUGUUUUAACGUUUCACAAGAAUCUGAGUGAAAGUUUGUCACUUGGUCGACUUCACCCACAGCUUCAGUCCAACACCUUGCAGGUUGACAGUGAGUUUCCUGAAGAAGAUAUAGAAUUUCUUGUAGCCAGGGGCCACCAGGUGGAAAAAGUCCCAGUGGUCUCCCUAGUUCAUGGAGCCAGGAGAACCAACAGUUUCAUCAUUGGCCUGAAGGACCCCAGGAGUGCAGAUGCUGCUGGAGCCACAAUAUUGUAGCACCUCCCAGGUGAAGCUGUUCUCUGAGCGAGGCUGACACACCAACCCAAGUGAUGUGCAUGUUCUGAAGUGGCCUCUUCUCCAGCCCUGGGGGAGCCCCACCCAGAUGUUCUGCACUUGCCACCCCGAACGGCACCAGGGAAGUCAGCAGCACCGACAUGCAGCUCCCAGAUCUUGGUUUUCUUUUAUUUUUCAAUUAUUUGUAUUGCAAGCAGCCCAAUCCUUGUUACAGGAAUGCCAGGAGCACACUUUUCUUUUGGCAGAAUCUUGCCAGUAAUUUCAGUCUUUCCAAAGCCAAGUUCUAGAACAUUAGCAAAGAUAAAAACAGUCGAUGAUGAUGCUGUUAUCUUCAACCUCCCAGUCUUUCCCAAAGCAAUGGUUUUCAACAGCUCUAACAAAUUCUUCUUCUAACAACUUGUACACCCCCCCCAAUAGUUUUCUUGCAGAGGUUCAGCCUCCUCCAUGGUAGAUUUGAGCUUAGUGGUAAUGGGCUUAAUUUUCUUAGGCAUCUUCUGGAGAUAUUCUAGCAGUACUCCACAGACUUGUGAAAAACCACACACCAUGGCCUGCAAACCACAUGGAGAGCAUUUGGGUACAUUCAGGGCCUUCCUUCCACUGCCUUAUCUCAGUCUACUCUGAAAGCCUAAAUCAGGUCAUUCCUUGGGAUUUUCUGCUGACUGAAUUCAUGGCAGUACUCUAGCUCCAUGUUUUUGGUACUGGUGAGUCUUUUGGAACAGCUGAAGAGAGUGAGAGAAAAUGCACAAACCAACCCAAACACUACUGAGAUCAUUUUCUGUCUGCAGCAUGUAGUGAAAAUACAAGAAUGCUUCUGCAUUUCAUGGCUGAAAUCAAGUGAAGAAAGAACACCCCAGCUGACAGCUGCACCACUUCAGUGAGCCCAUGUUUUGACAUUUCCUGUUCUUUUUACUGGCAAGUUAGAGACACCUGGCACUAAAAAAUUCCUGAGUUUGCUCAUUUUCUGCAGUAUAAAAUUUGUUGAUUUCCUUCAUGGUGCAAAUGCAUCUAUGGCCACUGUACAUAUUAUAUAUGUAUGUCUGCUUAUGGUUCUCUUGGUCCUUGAUUUGAUGAUCACACCAGUCAUGCCUGACCGUCCUCCCAAGGGUCCCUGUGACACCCACCUGUUUGUAACUCACCCUCUGACACUUGUGGGAGCAGAUGGGUCAUUUUGUGGCAGUUGGGGCCCCAUGGCAGAUAAAUCAGACUAAUCAUUCCUGCCACCCACCAGCUGUGGAUCUCAGAACAUCCUACGUGGAGCCUCACAUGUUGGGCUGAGUAAGGACAGAGGUGUUUCCACGCCCUGCUGAAGCACAGCCACCCCUGAGAGGAGCACGGCAGCUCCAGCCAACGGCAGCACCAGCCGUGUUUGCUGUUCCAACUCCGUACCCUCAGCUGGGAUGGGGUGCGGCACCUCAGAGCGUUGUCUUUGGGACACUGUGUUCUGUGCCACCAAGAAGAAACUUCCUUCACCACAGGGACAUCAAAUCUACUUAUUUAUUUUUCUGUCAUUAGCACUGGAGUUGGUCGCUGCCCGAAGUUGGAGUGUUCGUAACGCUUUAUGUGUCCUGGAGACCUUUUCAGGCUCCACAGGAAGGGAAGGAGGCAGUUCUGUGUGUUGAACCUCACUGGGGGAGAUCUGGCUGUUUCUGCUCCAGACCAGAUCUGUCCUUCUGGCACAAGAGGUUCACUGUGCACAGCUGCAAAAUACGUGAUCAGUCGUCACAGCAAUACUUUGCAUGAAAUAUCACAAAACACUUUGAAAGAUGAAAUUCCUCCUAAUUAACUGAAUUCACCAACUUCUGAUGCUGGAAACUGUGUAUAUGUUUGGCAGUAAAAGACUUUGGUCUAGAUUCAAAAGGGCAUUCACAUGCCCCAAGGUACAAUUUCACAGCAAUUAUUCAGAAUUUUAAAAUAAAGCAUGUUCCAAAGUGC